AUGUACAAGAUCGCGGGCGAGUUGCUGCCCUGUGUCAUGCAUGUGGCUGCCCGUGCUUUGGCAGGACAGGCAUUGUCCAUUUUUGGAGAUCAUAGUGACGUGAUGGCUUGCCGAUCGACCGGAUGGGCAAUGCUGGCUUCAGAGUCAGUUGAAAUGGCACAGGUGAAUGCAAUCGUGGCCCACCUUGUGUCAAUGGAGCGCAGGGUUCCUGUGCAACACUUUUUUGAUGGUUUCCGCACCAGUCAUGAAGUGAACAAGGUGAAACUCAUUGACUACAAUACCAUGAAGUCCUUCAUCAAUUGGGAGGCCGUGAAGGAACAUCAUGACCUAGCAAUGAACCCACGUCACCCGCAUGUGCAAGGCACCUCGCAAGGUCCUGAUAUCUUCUUCCAAUGCGUUGAGGCAGGUAACACCUUCUACGAUGGCUUGGCAGAUCUCUUUGAAGAGAAGGGCAAGUUGGUCCAAGAGAAAACUGGUUUGCACUUUGCUCUUUAUGGCUACGAAGGCCACCCAGAGGCCAAGCAUGUGAUCGUGGUCAUGGGCAGUGCAGCAGUUACUUGCGGAGAGACUGCGAGCUUCUUGGCCAAACACAAGGGACAACGCGUCGGUGUUCUGAAGGUACGCCUCUUCCGACCCUGGGACAGCUCCCGCUUUUUGGCCGCUUUGCCAACCACAACGGAGCGCAUUUGCGUGUUGGAUCGUACAAAAGAACAAGGUUCACAAGGAGAGCCACUUUUGCUGGAGGUUGCCUCCAUGCUCCACUCCAGCGCCCACUCUGAGAUUGUCGUUAUCGGAGGUCGCUAUGGGUUGGGUUCUAAGGAGUUCACACCCAACAUGGCAUACUUUGAGUAUGAUGCCAAGAAGAGCGGCGGCGUCACCAUCAGCCACCUCAGGUUUGGACCGAAACCAAUUCAUGCUCCAUACAACGUCCGUGCUGCCGACUAUAUGGCCAUUCACAAGCCAAGCUACGUGCACAACUAUGACAUGACACGGUACUUGAAACAGAACGCAGUAUGCGUCAUCAAUUGCUCUUGGGAUGUCAGUGACUUGGAGAAGCAGCUGCCAGCCAAAAUGCGUCGGGAUUUGGCAGAGAAGAAGGCAAAGUUGUACAUUAUCGAUGCUACCAAGAUUGCCGUGAAGGCUGGACUUGGCAAGCGCAUCAACAUGAUCAUGCAGACCGUCUUCUUCAAACUCAGUGCGGUCAUGCCCUACGAAGAGGCAGUUGAGAUGCUGAAGAAGAGCAUCAAGAAGAUGUACGGCAAGAAGGGUGACAAAGUGGUCAAGAUGAACAUUGACGGUGUUGAUGCAUCCAUUGAGGGCAUUGUAGAAUGUGAAGUUCCAGCAGCUUGGGCAUCCUUGGCAAUUGAUAAGGAGGUCUGGGAGAAAGCAAAGGGCACCCGGCAUGACGUCAAAUAG